AUGAUUGUUCAAUCAGAUAUCAAUUUCCCCGUCACUGUCAUCACCGUACCCAAGAAUAUUCACCAACCUGUAGUGUCGGAAAAGGAAAUCCCCCAACAAACUCAAUUGUUGUUACAAAGUGGUUUGCCCGACCAAGGAAUCCCGCUUCAAGUUGUACUUCCUCAAAAUGGUUUCCAAAGAGUCCAGGAGGAACCCAUUGCCGAGAGUCAUCACUAUCACGAGGAACCUCAGCUACCACAGAUCAUCCAAUCCCAAGACACUGCCGAACAAGAUCAACAGCAGCAGCAAUUGCAAGAGCCCCAGCAAGAAAAUGAAAGCAACGCCAACAACAAUUUCUUGAGCGUGAUUCCGUCAAGAAAACCCUCAGCUUCAUCUUUGCACGAAGUUCCCCUCUAA